CCGGAACCUACAGUUUCUCCAUAGCUAUAAUUGGAAAAAAAAGUAAAAACACAACCACCAAGCCCUCCAACGUGUUACAAAGAUCGGCGACGACAUCCAUCUCGACACCGUGACAUCAGCAACUCUGGUAAGCCAAUGGGAGAGUAAAUAAGUUAUACUUUUUCCUUAUUAUACCCUCGAAUGCAUUAUAAUCAUAAGCAAGUUUUAGCGCUUAACCCAUUAUACCCUCCACUCCUAAGCAUCUUCCUACGAUUCUUCCACUCUUCUUCCUCUCUUCUUCCUCUCUCUUGAUCAGAGAAACCCAAGAAAUAAAAUAUUGUAUUCUUCUCACUAUAUUACAACCAUUUUCUCAUCUUCAAGUCAUCAUACCUUCAUACCAAAUAAAACCUAGAAAAGAAAGGUUUAUUGUAACAAAAAAAAAUGGAGUCAAGUAGUAGCAACACAGAAUCUAUAAAGAGAAAAGUUGUUGAUUCUUCUGAACCCGUCCUUGACAUCUCAGUCCAUGUGGCCGUAGAAGGUUCACAAAAGGCUUCAUGUGGCGAUGACUCGGCGGCUCCGACGAGUUGCGACGGUGGAGAUUCUGGUGAUAGUAGAAAGAGACUUGGGGUUGGUAAUGGUAAAAGAGGAUGCUACAUUAAAAAAGAUCGCAUCCUUGGACCGUGGAAAAUAAACGAAUUAAUGAAGAUGGAUAUGCAUGGAGGAAAUAUGGACAAAAGGAGAUUUUUAAUACCAAGUUCGCAAGAAAUUACUUUAGAUGCACACACAGGCUAACACAAGGAUGUAAAGCAACAAAGCAAGUUCAGAAACUUGAGCAAGAUCCUGAGAUAUUUCAAAUCACAUACUUUGGCUACCACACAUGUAAUGUUAGUGACCAAACGCAAGUGAAGGAGCAAGAGAACGAUGGUUGGAUUGAGGUAAUAUUGGAGAUAUAUUAGACCGUAUGAUGUGUAUGUAUGAUGUGUAUCUGACCAAAAUUGUCGCCUCGGAAACCCAUAAACACGCUGAAGAAUAAAUGGAAACAGUUGAAGAAUAAACUUGAUAUCAUUCUAGCAUAUUUACAUUAUUAUUAUAUUUCCAUAUGUGUUAUAUUUGGAUUAAGAAAAAAUAACAUUAUAAUUGUGUUAGCAAUUUGUUAAAGCUAAUCUCCUAUACAUUAUUUGUGAAGUGAUUUUGCCACAUGUCCUCUCUAUAAUCAGUUUCACAAAAAAAU